GCUGCUCAGAGGUACGUAGCCAAUGAGGGGUAAUUUGCGCCGCUAAAAUCAGUUCUGCCCCUCCCCUGGGCACGUGAGAUGCGCGGGGCUGGUGAUGGCCUUCGCACUGUGUUAUGGAUCCCCUCUACCCAAUGCAGCCCAGGCGGGCAAGGUACAGCGGUCAGUGGGUGUAGCUACCUUACCGUCCUUGCAGGGCUUCCAUGGACUGCUAAGGCUUUGAGAUGCGAUCCCUUUACUUUUGAGAUUCACCUAUGGCAAUCUGUCUCAGGUAUCCCGGUCGAUUCAUUCAUCACCACCUGCAGGGGUUCUUUUCUUUGUUCUCACCUUCAUAUUGGACUCUACAAACCAACUCAUCUUGCUGGCUGGAGACUUAACUCAACAUCUGUCCUUCUCCAUAGCAGCAUGGGACCUGAACAGUCAUGGACGCCUUACUUGCGAAGCUGGGAGCCCAGGCAAUGAACAUGGCCAUCAGGUCAGGCAUUGCCUUGACCUCGACCUAUGCCUUCUCCCAGUGUUCUCGCCUUAUGAAAACUGUCGACGAUCGAAAUGUUCGCUCAGAUAUCAAGAAGCUCCAGAAGAGACUGGACAGCAAAAUCAAGAUCGUCUCUCCUGCAAUAGAUCUGAUAGAGUUCAAAUCAGGCAGAGGCAACGCCUUCUUGGAAUCAGCCCUUCCCCUGGCUAAGAGUCUUCGUCGAGACAUAGUAGCCCUAGGUCGUCGGGUAGAACAAGCAGCUCAAGCUGGAGAAGCAUCACGGGGGUCUUCACGACAAAGUGUCGACUCUGAGAGGCAAUUCGAAGAACUGAAAGCAAUCAUCAAAGACAUGAAAGAUCUCUUGGCCCAACUGGAUAAUGAUAUCCCCCUCUUGCAUAUGGCCAUAUCAACAUCAGGAGAGAGUCUCAAUUCUGCCAUGUCCCCUCACAUAUCGCCUUCGAGGUUCUCGCAAGCAGGAACCUUUCUUACCUAUGGCGAUAGUCAAUUCGCCGUCGAUCCUACUCGCCCGGUGCAAAUCGGACCCAUCUUCACACUGUCAAUUUAUAUGCUGUUCCUCGGUCACUCCUCAAAGGCUGCCGAGGGAAGCAAGCAUGCUGGAAACCCGCAAACACAUCGAAAAGGCUCUGUCAGCGAAGACGCGCAACCUUACGGUAUUGGGGAGGGAGACCGCAAACCGUUGUGGCAAGAGGUCAUGCACAAAGCCAGGGUGCGACUAUGUCGGACACCUAUGGACCAUGUUUUCGACUCUGAAGAAGGCUUUCGCCCGGAAACGCCCAAAGAUCCAAACUUUGACGAAUCAAGGUUCUAUGGUUCAAGUCCUUUCGGCAUCGGCCAGCGCAACGAGUAUGCCUACCACUUGGAAAUCAUUGAGGACCUAGAUGACGGGCGAGCUCAUGACGACCUAGACACAGACUCUGCUCCGUAUGACGACAUCUUGCAGGCUGGAAUUCGCGAGUCUAUACCGAUCUAUCAAAUAUCCAGGAUCUUCUACGCCGAUACUGGUCGAAUUCUCAACAUUGGCAGUGACGAUGGCGACAAUAAUCCUGUCUUAUUGCUGAAACGGGACGUCCUUGCCAAGCCACCUCUCAAGACUCAAGAGGAAAUGAUGUCUUUCCAGAAUGAACCAGGCUCACCGACACCCUUUAAGGCUGGUAGCGGAUCAGAGGACAUAGAUGAGCAGGAUGAUAUCGAUAGACAGCUUCGGGAAGAGAGUGCAGCGCUGAUUACGCCUCAAGAACAGCCUGAGCCUCCCGUUCCUCACCCUCGCAGAAGCUUCCCAAGCCACUUGGAUCCAGAAUGGAUGGCCCUGGAGGUUUUCGAAGAGGAUGAAUCGGAUGGCAGCGAUACCGAAGACGAAGAUGUUGUUGAGGAGCUACCUAGCUUGCCAAGGUUGGCAACGCCUACUUCAGCAAGAGGGUCUCCAAGACCAGCCCUACGAAAUCGCACCUCGCUGGACUCGAGACUCAUGGCACAGAUCCAGAAUCUAUCUGUGCAGUCAUCCCCAUUCAAUAGAAGCGUGGGAUCACCUGCGCCGACACAGCCCUUCUCACAACAGUUGGCAAAGCGUUCGCUGGGCAAUUCGGAUUCCUUCGCGGCGAGGUCUCCAUUUUAUGCUGUCGUCACUUCUCUGUCUCUCAUGGAGAUGCUGAUUCGACUGACGAGUUUGCAAGAAUUCCAGCAGGCGCCGCAUCUCACGAUGCACGACCAUAUUCUGAACUUCUUCUUGGAGGAAUCAUCGACGACAGGACUUACCGGAGAAGAGCGUUUGAGGGCUCGAACGGAGACGAAAAAGCGUGUUGGUUUUGAUCCAUACACUGAUACCCCAUCUAGACAUUAGAAACACCUCUGAAUUAGACGAAGAAAUACAUUUGUUUGUUGGCC